UCUUAACAAAAAUGGCUUCGACCAAAGACCAAGUUCACGAGUACUACGAUUUCAUUUUGCCUUUGGUACUGCAAGCCGGAAAAGUGCUGACAGAUGCGGAACAAGUCGAAGUCGAAUUUAAAAAGGACAUUUGGGAUUUGGUUACCGUCCAUGACAGAAAAAUCGAAGAAGUACUUAUACAGAGUAUCAAGGACAAAUAUCCUAGUCACAAAUAUAUCGGUGAAGAAGACACAGAAAGCAAAAAAUCAACGCCAAAACUCACAGACGAUCCGACUUGGAUAAUCGAUCCCAUAGAUGGCACAGCCAACUUUGUACGAGGAAUGCCCAUUACCGGAAUUUCCGUAGGACUUACCAUCAACAAAGAGCAAUGGCUGGGAAUCGUCUACAAUCCUUAUUUCAACGAAUUGUUCACCGCCAUCAAGGGCGAAGGGGCUUUUUUGAACGGAAAAAGAAUUCACACUAGCGGAUGUAAAGAAAUUGCAAAAUCAGUAAUCGGUUACGAAAUAACUAUUGCAAGAAGAAACGAAUACUAUUACAACCUUUACAUGUACCGCCUCAAACAUCUCAUGCCAAUUAUCCAAGGAAUCCGCUCUCUGGGCUGCAUAAUUUUGGGACUUUGUUACGUGGCUUGUGGUAGAACUGAUGCUUACCAAUGCGACGGUCAAUACCCGUGGGAUUUGGCCGCGGGCGGUUUGAUACUGACCGAAGCUGGCGGUCACCUGGUCGAUUCUUUCGGUAAAGAUUUGGAUUUGAUGGAGCCGAAUUUUUUGGGCGGCGCCACCAAGGAGUUGGUUGAUCAGUAUAUGGAAGUUGAACGGAAAGCUGACGAGGAACGAAUCAAUGCUGAUGAAUUAAAGAGGAAGUUUUCGCCUUAGAUUGUUUUGUAUGGAAUAAAAUUGUUGAAGAAUUUGUUUAUUUAAUUUUAAAAUUGCUAAAAAAUUGAAGUUAUUUGCAAACCAGCGAAGCUUGUGAUGUUAUCUCAAAAGCAUAGGUAGGUAUUCUAAGCUUCAAAUUUAGAAAUAGAUUCUUGUUUAAAUGACGUUUGUACUGUGUACAUACUAUAAAUAUGAAGUAAUAAAAUCAGCAAAUAAAUCUAGAAAUAGCA